AUGGUAAAGUAUCUUUCUGUCCAGCUAAGCAGUGUCUUAGUAAGGGAGCAGAUUUACCUCCGACUAUACAGAUCUGCCCCUGUAUGGCACAAACUAUUCAGCUAUGUAACACAGGCUGAAACAAACCAGGAAUUGAUCGAUAUCCACAACAGCGCACAGAAGCCAACACCUUCAGGUUUCCAAACAAACGAGUAUGCUGAUGCCCAGCUUCAAGAGAUUGUCAGACAAAUGCGGGAAAGGGCAACAGUCUACAAAGAAAAGCUGAAAGACCCAGUGCUGUCCUCCCCUGAAAGCACACCAUCAAAGAAGAAGCCUCCUCCCUCACCAAAAAAAGAAAAAAAAGAAGAAAAGAAAGAGGAAGCAGAAGCAAAGCCAGAGGAGGACCAUUAUUGUGAUAUGCUGUGUUGGAAAUUCAAAAAACCUCCACUGAAAAAAUACAUGGAGUAUCUUCAGCUACCAGACAGCAUAGACUCAUACACAGAUCGCCGUUACGUAGCAUGGCUCAUGAUUGUGACAGUUGCCUAUAACUGGAAUUGCUGGUUUAUUCCCCUUCGCUUUGUGUUUCCGUAUCAAACACCAAGUAAUACAAUAUACUGGUUUAUCAUUGACGUCAUUUGUGACAUCUGCUACCUGUGUGACUUACUGAUUUUCCAGCCCCGAGUGCAAUUUUUAAAAGGUGGAGAUAUAAUAGUAAACAGAGUGGAAAUGAAGAAAUUCUACCACAGCUCUAUGAAGUUUCGGCUCGAUGUGAUAUCAGUAUUGCCAUUUGAAGUUUUAUACAUAUUCUUUGGAUUUAACCCAGCAUUAAGAGCAAAUAGGAUGCUAAAGCAUAACACAUUCUUUGAGUUUAAUGAUCGUUUGGAAGCCAUUCUGGACAAAGCAUACAUCUACAGGGUCAUUAGAACAACUGGAUACUUGCUGUUUAUCCUGCACAUUAAUGCAUGCCUGUAUUAUUGGGCUUCAGAAUAUGAAGGACUUGGCAGCACUAGAUGGGUGUACAAUGGCAAAGGAAACAUGUAUCUGAGGUGUUACUACUGGGCAGUUCGGUCUUUAAUCACCAUCGGUGGCCUUCCAGAACCACAAACUCUGUUUGAGAUAAUUUUUCAACUGCUGAAUUUUUUCUUGGGUGUCUUUGUCUUCUCCAGCUUAAUUGGUCAGAUGAGAGAUGUAAUUGGAGCAGCUACAGCAGGACAGAACUACUACCGUUCCUGUAUGGACAACACUGUCUCCUAUAUGAAUACUUAUUCUAUUCCCAAAGUGGUCCAAAAUCGUGUUCGAACCUGGUAUGAGUACACAUGGGACUCUCAGGGAAUGUUGGAUGAAUCAGAAUUACUGGAGCAGAUGCCAGUCAGAAUGCAGUUGGCCAUUGCAAUUGAUGUGAACUUUGCCAUUGUCAAUAAAGUUGACUUAUUCAAAGGUUGUGAUACUCAGAUGAUAUAUGACAUGCUGCUAAGAUUGAAAUCCAUUGUGUAUUUACCUGGUGACUUUGUCUGCAAAAAG